CGGAAGUGAUUGUUUGAUCGCUAAGUUAGCACUGACUUCUGAAAUAGUAUAUUGCACAAGCUUCUUGUAACCUGCAUGUAUAUGUGAACAACGAAUGCAGACAUCGAGGAUUGUCACAUUUUUUCGACCAGUUCACACAUUUACUAGGAAUAUGGCGACUGCCUCUUCUAAUGUGACCUUCAAGUUUAAUCAGGUGGAGGGAGAUCUAUUCUCCUGUCCUGAAACAGAGUCCUUGGCCCACUGUAUCAGUGAAGAUAUCCGUAUGGGCAAAGGAAUUGCUGUCUUGUUCAAGAAAAAGUUUGGCAGAGUGGAUGAACUCAAGGCAAUGAAGAGGAAAACUGGUGAAUUGGCAGUUCUACGGGUCGGUAAACGAUUUGUGUACAACCUAAUAACCAAACCUAAAGCUAACGAUAAACCAACCUAUGACACGUUGAGAGCCAGUUUAAAGGAGAUGAAGAAACACUGUGUGAGGUACAAUGUGACCUCAGUGUCCAUGCCUUGUAUUGGCUGUGGCCUGGACCGUCUCAACUGGGAGGAGGUUUCUACAAUGAUAUGCGAAACCUUCAGCGAUACAGGAAUGACAAUAACUGUUUAUCAGUUUCCUCCAAAAACCAAAACAUAAACAAAUUUACCAGUGGAACCUAUUUAUGCAACCACAGAACCACUACUUUGGUUCGAAGACCUCAUGCUUUCGGAUUAGUAUUCAGACUCAAUUGUAUAUUGAAAUGUAUAUAACUGUACAUAUCAAGCAUAUACAGGUUUGAAUAUUGAGCAAUCAAAUGUUAAUGUGGGACUACACUAUAUCAUCUGUGAACUUCGUAAAACACAAAUUCAAUAUGUCUGAUGAAUGUGGCAUGGAAUAUUUUGUACCUGCCACGGAAACAUCACUUGUUAGAGUUUCAUUUGUUGUGCUUUGUAGCGUGCCGAAAUGUGAAAACAACCCAAUAUGUGAAACAGGAAAAAAUUAUUGAACUAAUUAAUUACUGUGUUUAAAUUACUUAUUAUUCAAACUAACUCUAAUGUGAACCAUCCCAACUACCCCGUAAUUAAAUCCACUAAUUAGCAACACAAAUGAAUUCAAUAUAGUUUUUCCUGUUUUCACAUAUUGGCACACUACAGUGCUUUAUGAACUUUAUACAGUCUAUGUUUACCGAUCUGGAGAAAAAGUUUUGAAAUAAAAAAAUAAUGUAUACACCAGAGUGGCUCUAUAUAACCUGUGUAUUGUGAUAUGAUUGGAAUACCAUUAUAACAGAUACAUUUUGUAAAUACGACUUCUCUAACUAAUACAAUACAUACCGUCAUACAACCUCUGGAAACCAAUAUUUUUUAUAUAUACCUGUUUUUUUUAUUGGAUAUAUAGAGAAUCUGUUAUAAGUUUUCCUUCAUAAUAGAUUUAUGAUACAAGUUUUAGAAUUUUCAUAUUAGCUUGCCAAAGGUUCGCAAACAUGAAAAAUCUAAAAUGAGUAUCAUGAAUCCAAUAUGAAGGGAAACAAAUGACAGAUUCUUUUUUAUCAUAUGAUCUGAAACGAAUAUUUUGCACUUGGUCGCCUCUGAAAUGAUGAAAAUUGCGUCCGCUUCACAAUGACGUUACGUCACAUUGAUUGUUCCUAUUCAAUUGUGACGUCAUUUCCGGAAUGAUGAUUCACACAUGCUACAUAAACAUAAUUUAUGUGAUGACUUCAUGACACUGCAUAACACGGUAUUCAUAUGAUAAAUUGUGAUAUGGCAUUUUCUUGCUUGGUGACAUGAAAACUGGUUAAUUAAUUAAAACAAAAUAAAAUGUCAUGGAUUUAACAUUCAGUUGCUCAGUAUGUACUACAAAAUUAGACAUAAAAACUUGAUACACAAAUAUUUAUUUUUAUUAUGGUAAUGAAAAUUAGGGAAACAUUGCGACAUGUAUCACACUUUUUGUUAUUGACAUUUUAAUUUUAUCAUGAAAAUAUUUUGUUAGAUCCAGCCCUAUAAGACAUUGUGUGGUGUGGGAUUUUAUGUUUUAACAAAUUCUUUUUAAAUUGAUAAGUAUACAUGUACAAUAGCUGUAUUUCAAAUUUGCCUUCUCCAGAAGUCUGUUUGUUAGCGGACAAGCUAUAUGUUGAAAUCUAACUGUGUGUUUAUUAUCAAACAAGUAAAUAUCUUUGACUAAAUGAUCCAGAUAAUUUUAGAUUGGUUUAUCAUUAAUUGAAUAUAUAUUUUACAUUGCAAUUUUUAUUUUGCCCUUAGAUUAAAAGUCAGUUGCAGAUAAAAAUGUGCCUAAAUACAGCUUUUUGUUAUGUAAUCUCUUGAUUUACUAUGUAAACUUUUAAUCAAACAAGGCAUUGUAUGGAUGGUUGUGAAUUCUAUAUUCGUCCUUUUGUUUAAGUUUUGUACGGAUACAAAGUAUUCCUUUUUUUUUUUUUUUAAUUUUUAAAUUUUUGAACAUUUUUUUGCCAGCAAUGGAUACUAAAAUAGCUCUACAUAUACAACUUAGUUUUGGGAUACCUAGAGUAAGAUCUUUAUUCUAGGAUUAAAACAAAAUUUGGGAGAAACUUUUACUGAAUUUAUUAGGGACCAUUUUUAAGGUUUCGGGAUGAUGGUUUUAUUAUAAGGCCCCCUGAUAAGGUUUAAGAGGAAUUUCAGAACCUGUUUAAAUCAUUACAUCCUUCUUUAUCUUUCUUAGACAUUUUAGUUCUUUAUAGGUUCGAAAGCCUAGAACAUGUAUUUGAAAUGAUAUUGAUUUAAUUCAAUGCUUCUUUGGACAGUUCGCUCAACGGAGACAAUUAAGAUUUAUAAUUUAUAAACCUAAAUCUUAAGAUUUUUGGAGCAAAUACAAAAUAAUGCUAUUUGGUAUUAGUAAUAAUUGAUUUUGCAAAUCACUCGGUUGUAUUUGUGUGUACGGUUGACAGUUCUAUACAUGUAAUUGGUUAUCGGGGAAUGAGAAAUGUGUGAGCUAUUUAAGGAGUGUAAAGUGACAGAUAGGGCUAGCCUAGCCUAUGGUUUGUCGGUGGUCAAAAUUUACCUGAUGGUGAGAUGUAGUUGUGAUUCAAAGCAAGCUUAUAGAGAAGCCUCCAGUAGAGAAAUUCUUGUCUGAUAUCCUGAUUAUAUUUCACCUGAUUAAAUAUUGAUGGAAAUAUAUUUAUCAAUUGUUUGAUUGAAUAUAUAAUUGCAGCUAUGCACCAUCCCCCUCCCCUGUCCAGCCCCCCCCCUCCGUCCAUGUUAUCAUAUUUUGUUUCCACAUAAUCACUUUAAUCUCAUCUCAUUUAACUUUGAUGAAAUUUACAUCAGCAUCCACAAUAUACAAAGAUUACAAAUAAUUUUGUUUAUCAGAACCUUUUUAGUAAUUAUUCGAUUUACAAAAUUUGACAUUCUUGUCAGACAAGAUACCCUGUAAGGUAAAUAAGUGUCUA